CUACCAUGCAAAUGUUGACAGGGGUGUGGAGUUUAUGGGAGCUGAAGUAGAGUCUGUUGGCAACCAUGAUGUGGAUACCAGUGAUGACUUAUUAGAUGAUGAAAAUCUAAGUUAUGAGUCUUUUGACAGUUUGACUGAUGAGGAAAUGGAAGAUUUCGAAACUAGGAGAAGUUUGAAAUUAAGAGAGUUGAGGAGGAAAAAGAGGGUUGCACAAUCAACAUCCCAAGUGACCUUUUAUGUGGGUCAGUUGUUUCCAACAGCCAAAGCGGCAAAAGACAAGAUAAACAAACAUGCAAUUGAAACAAGGAGGUCACUGUCUUUUCUGAGAAAUGAUAAAAGAAGAAUUAGGGUGGUUUGUGAGGGUAGAUGUCCAAUAUUCACAUGUGGGCCAAAUCAAACUGGGCCCAGCCAAAGUGGGCCUGGUAUCCAUAUACAAUCUGCAAGUGGGCCUGGUAUCCAAAAAGGCAAGGAAUCUUCUGCAAGUGGGACAAAAAAGGGGUUUAAAAAGGGAUUGGUAGAAUGCAAUGAUAAAAGGAAGGGUAGGUUAAAUAGUGUUGAUUGUCCUUGGGUUUUGUACUUGUCUAGAUUGAGUGAUGAAGAUGAGACUUGGGUGGUAAAGACUUACCAACCGGAUCACAAGUGUCUCACAUCCAGAAAAAUACAGCCUUUCACUUCUACCUUCUUGGCUAAACAAGAGUUUGUGAUGAAUCAGAUUGCAGCCAACCCUAAUAUUUCAGUAAGUAGGCUACAAGAAGAGCUUGGGAGGAAGUAUGAGCUGUCUGUGACAAAAAUGAAGGCUUUCAGGACAAAGCUCAAGGCCACCAAAAAGAUUGAAGGGGACUUCAAAGUUCAGUAUGCAAGCCUCAGGGACUAUGUCAUGGAACUGCACAGGACCAAUCCAGGUACAACAGUUAAAUUUGUUGUUGAGCCUGAGUGUAACCCACAUGCACCCACAAGGAUCUUCAAGAGGAUUUACAUUUGUUUGGGACCACUGAAAGAAGGGUUUAAAGAGUGUAGGAGGGAACUGUUGGGGUUAGAUGGGGCAUUUAUGAAAGGCCCCUACCCUGGUCAGAUGCUAACAGCAGUUGGUUUAGAUCCCAACAAUGGCAUUUAUCCUUUAGCUUAUGGAAUUGUUGAGGCUGAGAACAAAGACUCCUGGAUCUGGUUCCUACAGUGUAUUAAAGAUGACUUGGAUCUUCCAGAUAAUGCAAAUUUCACCUUCAUUUCUGACAGGCAAAAGGGAAUAAUACCAGCCAUAAGUCAGGUAUUUCCAGCAGCUGAGCAUAGAUUUUGUGCAAGGCAUAUUUGGCAGAACAUGAAACUUCAAUGGAGAGGAGAUGCCUUCAAGGAUUGUCUUCAAAAUGCAUCCAAAGCUUAUACAGUUCCAGAUUUUGAAGCAAAAAUGGAGGAGUUGAGGUUGUACAACAUUGAAGCUUAUAAUUGGUUGGCAAGUAUUCCACCCAUUCACUGGAGCAGGUCUCAUUUUACAGGUAGGGCACAAUCUGAUGUGGUGCUGAACAACAUGUGUGAAGUCUUGAAUGCAAGGACAGUCAAUGGUCGAGACAAGCCUAUAAUUUCUGCUUUGGAGUUUGUCAGAGAGUAUCUAAUGCAGAGGAUAGUGAAUGUCAUCAGGAAGAUUCGGCAGACAAAUGGUCCACUUACUCCUAGAGUUGCAAAGAUCUUUGAAAACACAAAGAAAUUAGCUGCAAAUUAUAAUGUUAGGUGGAGUGGUGGGACAAAGUAUCAAGUCAGUGGUAAGGUCACAGUGGAUGGUGCUGCAACACAUAAACAGUAUGUUGUGGAUGUUGUGGAUAGGGUUUGCACUUGUAGAGAAUGGGAAGUUUCAGGAAUCCCUUGUAGGCAUGCUGUGGCUGUCAAUUGGGACAUGGCAAUGAAUGGCCAAGAGGUUGGACCCCCAGAAUCAUGGGUUAAUGAAUGUUAUUAUCUUGAAACAUGGAAGAGGGUUUACAGUCAUACCAUUGGUCCCAUUAAUGGUAGAGAAUUAUGGCCAAAAUCACAGGUUCCAACCAACCUAACCCCACCUCUGCACCACACACCUAUCGGCAGACCUAAGAAGAAAAGAAGGAAGGAUGCUGUGGAGUUGCAGGAUGAAGUUGAAAGGGCUUCACAAGCAAGAAACAAGAGAAACAGGGCUGCUGAAGCUGAUAACGAGCAGGCUGUGGUUGGUGGCAAAUUCACAAGAAAAUGGAAGUCCGUGAAGUGCCAGAAGUGUGGUGAAAAGGGCCACAACCAAAGAACUUGUGGAAGGACCAAAACAGUUGCCGGGCCGAAGAAAGGGAAGAAAGGUAAGAAGAAGAAAGAUGGUAAUCAACCUACUGAGGCUGGUGAGGGAGCUCCAACUGUUUAAGGGUUAUGGUUCUUCGGGUUGUCGGGUUAUGGUUUUUGGGUUGUCUUAAGGGUUAUGGUUCUUUUGGGUUGUCUUAAAACAGUUAUGCAGUCUUUUGUGUCUCUUUAACCUGUUAAAACACUAUGACAAUUAUCAUGUAUGGUUGGAUGUUUAAUGUUCAGUCGUUUAAAGUUUA